ACCACAACCUUGUUGGGCAGCGGCCGAAAUACACCGGGGAGCCUCCCUCCCCUCAGUCGCAACUCCGAAGCUCCGGCGAAGCUGUUGCCUCCACCGCUACAGGAUGCGACGACGCCAACCUUACCUUCACGCGGUGUACGAUCUCAACCAGAGAUACGGUGACAGCCUCUACAGGGAUGUGGUUGACGACCUGUACCGACGCGAGGGCAUCCUGCCUCCCCGUGUUCGUCUGGCGACGAGGAACAAGUUCGACGAUACCUACUUCUACAACCGGUACGCCAGGGCUCCCUCACUGUACCGACUUUCGAAAAGACACGACCGAUCCGAAGGACUGAGGCGAAGUGUAUCGUGGUCUGACUUGGACUCCAGCAAAUGGUUUGACGAAUACGCCCACGAUGUUAUGUCGUCGCCCCUGCACGGGCCGAAGAGGUUCGGACCGCAGAACAAGAUCCACGUCCACUCGUUUCAUGACCGGCACCGACGUUUGAUCGACGACCACCGUGCACUAAUGGCUGAGCUUCAGAGGCAAGAGGAUGAGGCACUUUUCUCUCGAGAGCACAACCGCAAGUGGUUCCACCCCGACCUUAUCAAACGGGAUCUUCCUGCGUCUGCUUCUGCUCCUCUUGUGGAUGUGUAUCGUCGCAGAAGGCCCUUGAGCUCUAUCUAUGACCUUGACUACGGCUUCGGCUACGGUCCUGGAUUAGGGUGGUGGUGGUAGAUUGACGACGAACCCUCGAAAGUGUUCUGCAGCGUCCGUAUGUCAUAUGUUGCUGUGGACUGUUACAUAUGUGUGGCUGCCUAAGCUUUUGUUAAAAACCCUGUCUGCAACGUAGCUGCUUAGUUUCAUUUUAUUUUGAUCGGCAAAAUAGCUGGAUGGUCUGUAUCCUACGUGAACACUUGCUAUUCCAAAUAAAUCGUCGAAGCUGGUUUCUCUCCUCCUCACGGAA